GUCUCGCGCGAAGAGAUGUAUGAGUUCUCGUUCCCUGCCGAUCAGCUAUCGCGAGACGCCGCUGGGGAGCAGAACGUGCGGGACAUGUUGACAGAGGUGGGCGUGAUGUACACCCGCCACCACGAGUUCAUGGUGCAGAUGGUGCUGAGCAGGGCGGCCUCCAUGGCGGGCGAUGAGCGCAAUAGGGAGGCGAAGGUCUUGCCGAUGCGGGUCUCUAUCUCGUGUGCCGACCCCCGCAUUCACAGGGAGCUAAUGAUGAGCGAGGAGGAAGAGGACGAGGGGCUCGCCACGUCCUACGACGAGGGCGAGGACAUGGACACCAGCGAGGACAGCGACGAGGAGGAAGCGGCGAUGAUCGGGCAGUGGUUGGCGGGGCUGAUGGAGGUGGAAGCGACGGAGAGAAGCGUGGACUGCGCUAUCUGCUGCGAAGAAAUUAUCGUGGGUUCGACGGCGAGUUCCAUGCCUUGUUGCCAUGUUUAUCACCGCGGGUGCAUCGCGAAGUGGCUCAAGAACAGUAGAACUUGCCCGCUGUGCAGGUUCGAGUUGCCUUCGACAUAUUAUCAUUAGGAAUUGUCUGCAUCGGCCCGCUGGGAAUCAUUGAAUUUUCUCUUUUUUUUUUUUUUUUUGGAAUGGGA